UGUCCUUAUCAUGUACGGGCGUUUACUUGUACGUCGUGUAUAUCGUUAAGAAAGUAUUCGACUUAGCUUUUAACAUGGCCGAAGCGAAGUCAGACGUAUGUUUUCAAGGGAAGACUGCCCUGGUAACUGGAGUAGGAAAAGGUAUUGGCCGAGCUAUCGCUGUCAGACUGGCGGCUCUUGGUGUGAAGGUUUAUGGAAUCUCGAGAACCCAAUCCGAUUUAGAUGAGUUACGUCAAGAAGUAGCUUCGAUCGGGACCCGAAUGGUGGACAUCGCAGACUGGGACGCUACCAGGAAGAUUGUGCAAGAUCUCGGCCCUAUCGACCUUCUCGUCAACAACGCGGGAAUCACAAACUGGACCGGUUUCUUGGAUGUAACAAAACAGGAGCUAGAUAAUAUGCACGACAUCAAUUUCAAAGCAGCAUUUAAUAUUUCUCAGGUCGUUGCCCAAGGCAUGGUUUCGAGGGGAACGGGUGGAUCGAUUGUGAAUAUUUCAAGCGUCGCAGGACAACGAGCGGUACCCAACCACACCUGCUACUGUACCGCUAAGGCCGCCCUGGACAUGCUGACCAUGACAUUGGCGUAUGAGUUGGGGCCACAUAAGAUCCGAGUAAAUAGUGUCAAUCCCACCAUCGUCUUGACUACCCUGGGGCGGAAAGGUUGGAGCGAUCCAGUCAAGAAAGCCAACGCAAUUAAAAAAAUACCAAUUGGUCGGCUAGCUGAGGAGGAGGACGUGGUUGAGGCGGCGGUGUUCCUUCUGAGCGACCGGGCGUCAAUGAUCAAUGGAGCGCUACUUCCGGUGGACGGCGGCAUGAUCAUCAGUUGUGUUUAGAGUUGAAGCACUGAAUUAUGUCACUGGAAUAUGGCUUAUACAAUUCAACAUGUUUUCACAUAUAUGCACUACAGGAAUGGUUUGACUCGAAUAACAUAAUUAUAUUUAUGGAAUAGAAAACAUGCUAUUGAUAACAUUUUCUGUGCCCGUAUUUUACUGUAAAACUUAAAAAAGUAUACUAGAUUGUAUUGUUAGUAACUCUUCGAACAUGUAUUUCUAAAUAUAACAAAUACUAGUACAA